CUCCCCCGCUCUCCCCCGCUCUGCCCUGCCCUCUGCUCCGUCCUCGCCCGGCCCUGCCCGGCCCUGUCCCCGGCCAUGCGGGCGGCCCAGCCGCGCUCCCGGCAGCAGACCCUGUCCCAGCGGCGGCGGCUCAUCGGGUCUUCCUGCAAGCUGUUUUUCUCUAAUGAUCCGGUGAAGAUUGUGAAGGCAAAAGGCCAAUAUAUGUAUGAUGAGGAUGGAAGACAAUACCUUGACUGCAUAAACAAUGUUGCUCACGUUGGGCACUGUCACCCCGAUGUAGUUAAAGCAGCCCAUGAACAGAAUCAGUUGUUAAAUACAAAUUCUCGUUAUCUUCAUGACAACUUGGUUGAUUAUGCAGAGAGACUUUCAAAAACUCUACCUGAGAAAUUAUGCAUCUUCUAUUUUUUGAAUUCUGGCUCUGAAGCUAACGAUCUUGCCCUGAGGUUGGCACGACAGUACACAAAACAUGAGGAUGUCAUCGUGUUAGAUCAUUCUGCCAAUUGUUUUUUAAGUGCUUACCACGGACAUCUGACAUCUUUGAUUGACAUAAGCCCAUAUAAAUUCAGAAAUCUAGAAGGACAAAAGGAAUGGGUCCACGUGGCUCCUGUUCCAGACACAUACAGAGGACUUUACAGAGAAGACCACAAAGAUUCAGUGACAGCCUAUGCUGAUGAAGUGAAAAAUAUUAUUGAGCGUGCACAUAAGAGAGGCAGAAAGAUUGCUGCAUUUUUUGUUGAAUCUCUACCAAGCGUGGGAGGUCAAAUCAUUCCACCAGCAGGUUAUUUUCAAAAGGUUGCACAGCAUGUGCAUAAGGCAGGAGGUGUAUUUAUUGCUGAUGAAAUUCAGGUUGGCUUUGGCAGAGUUGGGAAGCACUUCUGGGCAUUCCAGCUUCAGGGAGAAGACUUUAUACCUGACAUUGUCACUAUGGGGAAACCAAUAGGAAAUGGGCACCCUCUUGCCUGUGUGGCAACAACAAAGGAAAUUGCAGAAGCGUUUGCAGCCACAGGAGUGGAGUAUUUUAAUACAUUUGGUGGAAACCCUGUUUCAUGUGCGAUUGGAUUAGCUGUGUUAGAUGUGAUUGAGAAGGAACACCUUCAGGCUCACGCCACAGAGGUAGGCAACUUCUUGAUGAAGCUACUCAAGGAGCAGCAAAUCAAGCAUCCCAUCAUUGGUGAUGUCAGGGGUUGUGGCUUAUUCAUUGGAGUGGACCUAAUCAAGGACCAAGCAGAAAGGACCCCAGCCCCAGCAGAAGCAGAGUAUCUGAUAACAAGGUACAUGGGACAGUCAUGGAGUUCCUCAGUGUGGGAGGCAAGGACACAACUACAAACUACAAUACAACAAUCUGGCCAAAAAACCAGUCAGUGGGGAAAGGCACCGUGUGACAGCCUCCGUGCUGGAGCUUGCAAGUUCUUCUGAACUACAUGCAAAGAUAUGGAAAAAGGAUGUCUGAACCAACAGAAGACAUCUACUUGUUCUACCUGAGCAGGUAUUUAUCUCGAGUCACACAGUACUAUUUAAAAGCCAAGGUUCCUAUACAUAACUUCACAAGCAUUGUCAGAGUAAAGCCUCCUCAGAGGUGCUUUUACUUGAAGUUAGUUUGCAGGAAUUUCAGGCAAUCUCAGGGCAUGGCCCGGACUUGUGCACAUCUGGCAUUCACAGCUCCUUUCUAUCAGAGGCUGACACUCCCAGUAACAGUGUGUGUGCUCAUUUGCUUCUAAGCCAGGUCCAACAUGUCCCAGACAUGACUACCACCCCAGCAUGCUGUGCUGGUCUGGGAAGCUUUAACCCUUGGCAUGCAAACGACAUGCACAUCAACACAAACACAGAGCCUUUAUGCUCAGUGCCAUUAUCUCCAGACAGAAGCUGGUCCAGCUGCAUAACUACCUCUCAGCAGAUCUCCCCUUGCCUGCCAGUCAGGGCAUCUGCAUCCCACAAUUUGGGAUCCUCCACUUUUGCUAACAGCUUUGUGAAGAGCUGUAAGUGGUGCUUUUGUGUUUUACUUAACAUCUGACUUGGAAAUAGUAUUGCCUUCUGUUCCCUUGAGCAUUUCUCCCUACUUGUUGGGAUCAUUUCAGGUUCAUGGAUGGAAUCUCAGGCUUAAGAAUCAAUCUACCCCUACAGUCAGAGGUUUGGGGGCAUCAGAGUAAGACUGAGUCCUGUUAAGUCUUUAAAGCCUCCUAAGUCUUCAUCUGUUGAGGUCCCUCCAUAGGUUGCUGAGAGAGGACAUCUAUCUGCAACUUAAGUUUGCCACACACUCAUGAGUACAGUGUACACUUAGAGUUACACCUUGAUAACAACACCCUUUGGUCCAUUUAGUACUUGUUCAACCUACUCAGACUAAAAGACAACCCCAUGUUUAGUAAAACUCUAGAAUGUACCUGAUGUGAUCAUUGUGAUCAUUGGUGGUCUCAACCACCAUGAGGUUCACAGUGCUACAGCCCUGAGCUAAGGAGAAAUGUGCUUUUAGUGCAGUGUAAUAUUAGUAUAGCAGGCACAAGAAAAAUGUGUUAAUAUUUUAUUUAGCAAGUUAAUGGAAAGACAUACAGCUGUUUAUACUACUUAUUCUUAGGAACAGAAAGAUUACUUAACAGUGCCAGUGUAACUUAGAGGCCUAAUGACUUAAUGUGCUUGUCUGUAAUCUAAACUAAGCAAGAAAAAUGCUUUUAUUCUCUACAGAAAACCAAGAAUGCAAAAAGGCUCUUACUAAGUACAGUACUAGUAAGACACUUACAUAUAAUGUAAGUGAAAAUGAGGCAAUGAAGUAGAUUUCUUUUAAUGAUACUUUUACAAAAAAACAUAACAUUAUUUUCUUUCCAUAGGUUUCAAACAAUGUUCAAGAUCUACUACUAAGAAACAUUAUUCUACUAUAAUAAUGCACAUUUAAUCUUCAUCCUAGCAUGUCUUAGAUCAGAUAAGUCACCUUUGAUUUUGUUAUUUUCAGUUAUCUUGUUUUUAGUAAAAUCUUUAGGAGAAAUAAAUUUUACAAGAGCUUGUCUCAAU